AUGCCGGUACACCUGGCACAGUGGAACGCAGGAGCUUUGAAACAGAACAUAGCCUUGGCAAUCCGGGAUGGGGAGGAUGAGGACGAGAUAAAGGGACCGGCGGACGUGAUCGCAAUCCAGGAGCCAUGGAUUGGCCCUGAGAAUGCCAUUCACUGCCCGGCCAGCUGCAAGUACAUACCGAUCUACUCGGGGCAUGGCAGGGCGAUGCUGUACAUCAACAAGAAGUUCGCCCCGGAGGCAUGGCAGGCACGCAUAGGGCAUAAUUGGGCAGCGGUCACGUUCCGCUUGCAGGAAGGUGUCUUGAAUAUUAUAUCGCUAUAUAAUGAGCCGGUAUCAAGCGGGAACCGCGCACCCCCGUUCCAGGCGAUUGCUAACAAGAGGUGGGAGGGCAGGGUUGUCUUAGCAGGCGAUAUUAACCUCCACUACCCGAUAUGGGAUACACACAGAAGAACCACGCGAGGUACAGAGACCGAGGAACUUUUAACGCUUGUUCAAACGAUGAACCUAGAACUAGUGACACCAAGGGGAAUGACCACAAGGAUGGGGCAUGAUCAGAGGGACUCCACGAUAGACCUCAUCUGGGCCCACCCACUCCUGAGGGCAGAGCUGGAGAUCCUACCGGAGUGGGAGGGCUCAGACCACCUGUCACAGAUGGUACGAAUUCACACCGAGACACUGAAACGAAACGCGGCCCCGCCAGGUUGGUCGUGGAAGACAAUGGACAAAACAACGGUCCAAGUCGAAGGCUUGAAGAUUGCGCCUCCAGGGGGAGCCGGAUCUAUCAAGGAUCUAGAAGAGUAUAUCGACAAGCUGCUUGAGCAGCUCCAAGGCAUUGCAGACGCCUCCACAAAGAAAAAAGAGCCUAAUUCCGGGUUCGAAUAG